AUGGCUCCAAAGGCUCUCAUUGUGGCUCUCCUUGCCUCGUUGGUAGGAAUCUCCUAUGCUGUGACAACAACGGAUUUUUGUGCGGGAUCGCCUACUCAGUACUGCGACUUCUUCAUCCAAGGAUCUAGGGCAGUUCCGACUGUGAGCCUUCAAGUCUUCUCUGGAAACAAGAUUCUCUCGGGAAAGCCUAUUGUUUACAAGACUGGCGAGGGGAUUAAGACAGCAUACUCGUACCAGUGCACUUUCCCCAACGAGAAGGGGAAGAAAGCUCGUACCGCAUGCGGAAGCAUGUUCCACUUCAUGAGCCAGACAAGCAGCUGGAACGAGACGACUCUUGUUGGCAGCCACAUGAUCACCAAGCAGAACCUGGACAAAUUCAAGAACAAGUGCGUGAAGAUGCUUAUUGAUAACGUCAUGCUCGCAAAGGGCGGCUGGGUCAACAACGGAGAUGGGAAGGCCAUGUACCCCCAGAGGAGACGCUGCGUGAUGUUCCGUACUGCCUAA